AUGUCCUUUCGAAAGCGGAAUAUCGGUCUCUCUUCAGGCGCUGACCGUGCUACUGUUCCCAAUGCCUCUCUACGGCCAGCACCCGAGUCAAUCCCCGGCAUCCGCCCCUCACCUGAUGAUGGACGACCAACUACUUCCACAGGCACUCCGUCGCUAGAUAAUCUGCUCGCAGGCCAUGCAGGGCUACCACUGGGGAAGCUACUGCUGGUAGAGGAGAACGGGACUACGGAUUUUGCGGGCGCAUUGCUCCGCUACUACGCGGCAGAGGGGGUGGUACAAGAGCAGAAAGUCCAUGUGGUCGGGGUGCCGGAGCAAUGGGGACGGAGUCUGCCAGGACUGAUCGGCUCGGCAGAGUCACUCGAUGAGAAAAGGUCUGAUAAGCGCAAGGAUGAGCGCAUGAAGAUUGCAUGGCGAUACGAGCGAUUGGGCGAGUUCGGGGCGACUAUUGCAGGCUCGCGCGCCCCUACGACUACCGGGGAACAGGACCCUACUGCACCGCAGACGCCGGCCUUCUGCCACGCUUUUGACCUCACUAAACGUCUCGCCCACCCAUCCAUCACGAACAUGUCCUUCAUUCCACUGGCGCCCUCGAAAGAAUCGCCGUUUCACUCUGUCCUCAAACGACUCCAAACCGCAAUCUCCUCCAGUGCCCCUAAUACAAUCCACCGGAUUGUCAUUCCAUCGCUGCUCAACCCCACUAUGUAUCCGCCCGACAUUUGCCAACCCGAACACGUCCUCCAAUUCUUCCACUCCCUGAAGGCACUGAUGAGCGCGCACGCCACGCGCGCCACUGCCAUGAUAACCUUUCCUUUAUCCCUCUUUCCACGCUCAUCGGGAUUAGUCCGUUGGGUUGAGUUGCUCAGCGACGGGGUCAUUGAGCUCUGUCCGUUCCCACACUCCGCAGAUGCCCUAGGGACAUCAGGGGCGGCGACGUCCCAAGAAGAGCCCCCGCAAGGCAUGCUAAAAGCCCAUCGGUUGCCAGUAUUGCAUGAGCGCGGCGGAGGGAGCGAUCAAAAUGUUGGGCAGGACUGGGCGUUCAUCCUGAGCCGGCGCCGGUUCGAAAUCAAGCCUUUUAGUCUGCCACCCGCCGAGGGUGACAAGGAGGCGCAGGAUGCACCGGCCCCCAACGGAAUGCCUAAUAAAUCGGACCUCGAGUUUUAA